AUGCCUGUUCGUUCUACCUCUAUCGCCAUUUCCCGGAGUGUCAGCUGUUCGGAUCCUUCUUUCGGCCCUACAAGCUGCGCCAGAUCUUUUGACUUCACGCUCGCAUUUGAACAGAGCAUCUUGUCGAUUCUUCCGUCAUGUCUUAUAUUGCUAGCAGUCUUGCCCAGGAUCUAUCAAUUGUUCCAACAUCAGUCGAAGGCAGAGAGGCAGACAAGACUGGCUCUAAAACUUUCGCUGGCCGCGGUAAACAUUGUCUUGCAGCUUGGGCUUUUGGUGUCUUGGUGCAAAACGUCCAAAAUUCGAAUUCUGACUGCCGUGCCAUCCUCCGUACUCGGACUGGUCGACUCCGUCAUGAUGUUGUGUCUCUCGGGCUUGGAAGACAUGAAGUCCACAAGGCCGUCGUCGCUGAUUAAUGCUCGAACUCUGUUCCUCAUCAGACAGAAAGAGAUCGCCGUUAUCUUAACACUCAGUAUUUGCACCAGGAUAGUCCUACUGUUUCUGGAAGGAAAAUCGAAAACGUCGUAUCUCAAGCCGCCUUUUAAGCAAUAUCCUCCGGAGGCGCGAAGCGGCAUUUGGAAUUUAAGCUUUGUCUGGUGGCUUAAUCAGUUGUUGCUAACAGGCUUCCAGAAGCUCAUCACAACGAAUGACUUGUUCGGGACUGAGCCAUCACUGAAAUCAAGUUGUGUCGGCCAGCGCCUCAAAGUCGUCUGGGAGAAGUGCGUCGAGGCCACAGAUCAUCAAGAUACUCGGUUUUUGCUACCUAGAGCUGUCUUUGCUAUGCUUCAAUGGCAUCUUGUUGUUGCGGCAAUUCCUCGUUUAUGCCUGGUCGGUUUCACUUCCGCCCAGCCUUUUCUGAUCUCAACGGUUCUCAAAUAUGUCGAUCAGCCUGUCUCCCAGAGCACCAGUGCCUAUGCAUAUGGCUUGAUUGGAGCCACGUUUCUAAUUUAUAUGGGCAUUGCGAUCUCUUCAGUGCUAUCCAGACAAUGUUUCGACCGGAUCGUCAUGCGCUUUCGUGGUGCGAUGAUAAGUCUGAUAUACAGUCAGACACUCGAGCUGCCACAGACCCCUCUAUCGGAGGGCGCUGCUUUGACACUGAUCAGUACUGACUUGGACAACAUCAUUGAGUUCCUCGAGAAUAUCUGUAGUCUCUGGGCUUUCGUACUUGAAAUCUCGAUCGGAAUUUGGCUUCUUGAGCGGAUACUUGGGGUAGCCUGUAUUGUGCCGGUCAUAGUAGUACUUGGUAAGUCAUCAUCCAUACGAAACAGCAAGUCACCUCGACUAACACGAUUUCGUAGCUUGUGCUGCAGGACAGACCUUGCUCAUAUACUUGGGUCGCUAAAGUCAAUCAAGCUUUCGGGUUUCGCAGAUGCCGUCAGCACAGAUUUACAAGCACAACGUGUUGAAGAACUACAGAUCUCCCGUCCCUUCUUCAAGGGUAUCUUGUGGUUGAACCUCCUCACUUCAUUACCCGCGAUCUGGUCGCCCUUCGUCACAUUCCUCUCAGACUCAGUCGAUGUCGUCAAAGUCUUCACCUCACUUAGUGUGAUUAACAUCAUGACUGCCUCGGCUGGAAAGCUACUUACUCUCUUGCCUCAGAUCGCGGCUGCUUUGGGUUGCUUCCAGAGGAUUCAGCGGUAUCUGUUGUCGGAGAGGUUCGUGGAUCGUCAAAUCCUGCAGACUGAGAAAUCCUCGUCUACACAAGGUGGUUCUGAAACGACGCGCCUUGAAUUGGAACUUGAACUACGAGCAAUACCGAAGAAUUAUCCUACCCCAACGAUCAACUUUGACAUGAUCACUCUCGCGCCGACGGUUGCAUCGCUCACAACGAAAGCUGAGAUCAGAGCGUCCUUCAGAACCCCAGCUGGCUGUAUGGUGGCACUCGUCGGGCCAACUGGAUCGGGAAAGACGACGUUAUUGAAAGCAAUAUUAGGAGAGAUCCCCUGCCGAUCCGGCAACCUCUCUGUUGGGACGAGAAGCAUAGCGUACUGCGCCCAGGACCCAUUCAUACUUAAUGGCUCGGUGGAGAGUAAGGUCUGUGGUCUUUCAACUAUGGAGUUCAGUGCGACCUGGUAUCAAAAAGUCCUCGAGGCAUGCAAUCUGGAUCAAGAUAUUCGAGCUUGGGAGGACCGAGAUAUGACUAUUGUUGGAAGUAAAGGAGUGAGCCUCUCUGGAGGACAGAAGCAGCGACUAGCCCUAGCCCGAGCGGUCUAUUCUCAAAGGUCACUGGUUCUGCUCGAUGAUAGUUUGAGCGCUCUGGAUAACCACACCAGAAGUACUGUAAUCUCCCGGCUGUUCUCAAGAACCGGUAUCUUCAGAAAGUUGGGCUUUACUGUUGUCCUGACAGCACACUCCGUGCACGAUGUGAAGUUCGCAGAUCAGAUCGUGAUCUUGAAAUCUGAAGGUGAUACGACCGUACAUAACUCUUACGAACAUGCGCUCGCCAAUGAGACAUUCUCGUACGAUGCCAAAGACAUAAGAGAAGCGGAUGACGAGCAGCAAUCUGACCUAAGUACAUUUGGCCGCGUGGAGCCUGAACCUGAACCAGAACCAUCCAAGCAAGAAGUCGUCGACACCAAGCUCCAGGAUUCGAUCAGGAGGACCGGGGACGCUCAGCUGUACACCUUCUAUUUCCAGACCAUAGGCUUGCCACUACUCGGCGUUUUCCUAAGUGCAACUACCUUAUCAAUCUUUACGGAGAACUUCUCGCAGGUCUGGCUCAAUUGGUGGGCUGCGGCCAAUGGCAAACAAAUGCCAAAGUAUCUUCCCGUCUAUGCCGGGCUCUUAUUAACGGCCACAGUAUCGGCACCUAUUUGCUUAUAUAUCAUGUUCCUCAGGAUCAUGCCAAAGUCUGCAGCAGAGCUACACUGGAAACUCCUACGGACAGUCUUCGAUGCUCCACUGGCUUUCUUGACCGCCGUUGAUAGCGGUGUCACACUCAACAGAUUCAGUCAAGACAUGAGUCUCGUAGAUCUGGCUCUUCCCAUCGCUUUAUCGACGUUUGUGAUGACCUGCUUCGCGUGUGUCGCAAAGAUCUGUCUGAUCGCUACAGGAUCAUCGUAUAUGGCAAUCAGCAUCCCUUUCACGUUGUGCACCGUCGCGAUAAUCCAACACAUCUAUCUCAAGACAACUCGACAACUGCGUCAUCUGGAUUUGGAAAACAAAAGUCCGCUCUUCUCCCAUCUGACGGAGGCAGUGGAAGGGCUCGCCACUAUUCGGGCAUUCGGGUGGCAAUCUGAAGCAAUAACCAAGAACGAUGAACACCUCGACUACUCGCAGAGACCUUACUACAUGCUUUUUUGUGUACAGCGGUGGCUUGGCCUAGUUUUAGACCUCAUAGUCGCGGCAUUGGCGGUCUUGGUCGUGACACUAGCGGUGAAGCUACGAAGCGAUACUCGGACAGGACUGCUCGGUGUAGCACUGAACAAUGUCCUCAGCUUUAAUCAGGCACUCUCAGCGAUGGUCACAGCAUGGACAAGUCUUGAGACUUCUCUAGGGGCAAUCGCGCGCGUCAAGUCGUUCGCAAGCACUACGCCGUCGGAAAAUUCGCCAGACUGUCAUCUGGCCCCACCAAGCAGUUGGCCUAGUCAGGGCGUGAUUCAAAUUCAGAACAUCUCCGUCAGAUACAAGGAACGAGGUUUUGCACUCAAGGAUGUCAACCUGGCGUUCAAUCAUGGCGAGAAGAUAGGCAUUUGUGGACGUAGUGGAAGCGGGAAAAGCUCACUUAUCAGCGCGAUGCUUCGAGCAGUGCCUCCUGCCACAGGCACUAUCCUUAUCGACGGCAUUGACAUCAGCACACUCGAUGGUGAUAUCCUGCGUCACAAACUGAUCACUGUGCCACAAGACUCGUUUACCCUUCCUGGGACUGUCCGCUAUAAUGUCGAUCCUGUCAAUGAGUCUUCGGAUGCGGCAAUCAAAGCAGCAUGUGAGAAAGUUGGUAUCUGGACGGCCUUGCAAGAGCGCGGAGGUCUAGACGCAAUCUUGCUCGACCACCCGCUUUCACAGGGCGAACAGCAACUAUUCUGCCUGGCAAGAGGAUUACUCAGGAAGAGUCCAGUACUCAUAUUAGAUGAGGCUACGAGCAGUGUGGACAGCAAGAUCAAUCUUCAAAUCCAAAAUGUCAUCGAGGAGCAAUUUGCGGAUUGUACUGUCAUCACUGUUGCACAUCGGCUCAAAACUAUCUUAUCAUCUGACAGAAUUGUUCUGCUUCAGAGGGGUCGAGUGCUCGAAUUCGACACACCCAGAAACCUUUUGGCAAGCGACAGCAUGUUCCGUCGUCUAUAUCGAUCAGCGCCUACCACUUGA